CAGCGGAUGUUGAUAUUUUGCUUACGAGCCUUCUGCUCAGAGAUGUGAACUAUCGUCGCCGGGACAGCUCGCUUUUGAAUUUAUCCUCGUUUUUGUCCAAUUGGCAAUCUCAGGGGAGCCGCUUCUCGGUGAGCCCAGCGUCAUCGCGUCCGUCCCGGUGGCGUCUCAACCGGGAAGCGCGGCGCUUCGUCUCGGAGCCGUGCGUGCGAUGAUGGAGGACUUUGACGAAAUCUACGAGGAAGAGGAUGAGGAAGAGGACGAGGACAGGGCCGCGGAGGAGCAGCUUCUUAAGUACGCUCCGGAUCCGGUGGUGGUGCGAGGCUCAGGACACGUCACAGUGUUUGGACUGAGCAACAAAUUUGAAUCAGAAUUUCCUUCAGCGCUUACAGGGAAGGUCGCACCCGAAGAGUUCAAAGCAAGCAUCAACCGUGUGAACAGCUGUCUGAAGAAGACACUGCCUGUGAACGUGCGCUGGUUGCUGUGCGGCUGCCUGUGUUGCUGCUGCACACUUGGCUUCAGUUUGUGGCCUGUGAUUUGUCUCAGCAAGCGGACAAGAAGAUCUAUAGAGAAACUUCUAGAGUGGGAGAACAGCAGACUCUACCACAAGCUGUGUUUGCAUUGGAGACUGAACAAAAGAAAGUGUGAAUCCAACAACAUGAUGGAAUAUGUAAUCCUAAUAGAAUUCCUACCGAAGAUCCCCAUCUUCAGACCCGACUAGCCGAUGAUGAGAUCUUCGCCGCUGUCGCCGUCCCGAGCUGCCGAUGGAACUUUUCCUCCAGAAUCACUCGAAAGUUUUUUUUGUUUUGUUUACAGGGUGACAUCGGCCCUCUGUUUUCAUUUCGGAUGACUUCUCGCGCGGUCAUCUUGUCUUCGCCUUUUGGUUUACAAGCCCAGUAUCCUAAUGAGUGAAUACAGGCGAGCCGGCUCGCUCCCGAUUUGGCGGCAGUGUGGAUUUCAGGACUGGCGCUGGGAAAACGGGACUCUUCCGUGUUUUGCGAACUCGAGCACAGCGUGACCGUGGUGACAGGAACGCUGCUCGAAGCUCGGCUAGCGACAACCCACCAAAUACACCCCAGUGCUUUUGGAAGAGGGCGGAGGGGUGGGGAUGGACUGGAAGCUUCAAAUGUGUAGCAGGAAGCAGCGGACAUCGUUUCGUCACUUGAGCACACUUCACUGUGCAUUGCCUGGACCCAGAGACAAUCACACAGUCGUGACUGCACUCCACACUCUGGGACAACAUAUGCCCUGCCCUUAGUUGCCUUGGCAACAAGGAGGUAGGUGAGAAAGAGAUGACUCUUUUUUUGUUUGUUUGUUUGUUUUUUCUAACCAUUUUGGUCUCACAUCACAGAGCAAGGUUACUUUCCGAAAGGCAGCCUUCUGGGUUUUUUUUUUCAAUUUCUUAUUUUGCCAGACAUGUCUUGAUGCUUUUUUUUUUCUUUUCAUCUGUAAGUGUGUGUGACAUGUUUGCAAUAGGGCGGAACCUCCAAAGUCGAACGUGUUCAAUUUUUGUUGUGUGAAAUCUACAAAGCAAGUGUUUUUUAUUUUAUUUUUUUAUUUUUUAUACUCCACUGUGAUACAAAUUUGAAGACAAGUUAACUGUAAAAGUAAACAAAAAUAAAGUUAAACUGUUCGCCCCAUGGAUAAUACCUGGCAGACUAAAACUACGUUCAUACUGCAGGGCAUGACGCCA